AUGUCAAUAUGCUUGGGCAGUCGGUUAUUAUAUUUUCUACGUCCGAAGUUGCCCACGAGCUCCUUGCGAAGCGUGGAGUCACAUUUUCAGACCGACCUCGCCUUUUUUAAGACUCUGUUGUUAGCGACGGAGUUGGCCUUGAAGGGGCUCAAUAUCCUUAUGAUGAAUUAUACUGAGCAAUUUCGUCAACAUCAGAGGCUACAGGUCUCGGUCUUAAAUACGACGGCGGCAGCCGCCUAUUACCCUAUCUAG